AUGCCGCCGAAAAAGCAGCCGAGAUUGGAGACCAAAACGGGCGGACUGCUCAAAUUUUUCGCAAAAGAACAGGAAAAACGAGCGGAAAAUCGGCAACAGCCGGCGAAUUUCGACGAUGAUUCGUGCCAAAUUCUGUUUGAAACGCCACAAAAUCGACCGGGACCGUCUGCCGCGACGACUCCGAACACUUUAAAGGUGUUUUAAACAAAAAGAUCUUCAAAGCAUUGUUUUUCCAGAAACCUCAAAGUUCGGCACCUUCAAAGACACCAGAAACGCCGAAAAACGCGACAAAAUGGGCGGAGACUCUGCAGAAGACGGGCGGCAGUUCGGCCGGAAGGGACUGGCAGAAUCCGUGUCCGAUUGCGGUCGGAUCCGCCAAGAAAAACGACGAGAAGAAUGCGUGAGUGUCCGGAAAAAGUCUUACUCAGAAAAUUUGCCGUUUUCUUCCAGAAAAUCUCUUUUACUCGAUCACGGAUUCGACAAUAUUCACGGAAAUGGCAUUUUCUAUCCGAUCGAUGAGCCCAUCCGUAACUUUGAGGUUUCUCAUAAAAAUGCUACUUGAAAACACUCUGGAAAUGCUUUUUUUAGGCUCUAACCUAAUUUGGUAAAGCUCACAACACUAAUACAAAACCAUAUUACACAAAUUCCCCACUUUUAACUUUAUUUUAAAAAUAUGAUGAUCUUGUGGUGCACCACGACACACCUUUAAAACAGUAUUUUUGCAGGUGAAUCUGAUAAAGUGCGCGGCGGCGUCCAACUGCUGCAUCGCCCUUCCGUCCUGUGCUCCGUCGAGUUCCGCGAGGAUUUGUGCCAUCACCGUUCUUAAUUUUUUAAAGUUUGUACAAAACAAUUUACCGUUUCAAAACAUUUAAGCUAUUUUCGAGUGCAGCUUCUUUAUUGACUAUCAUGAUUUUGCAUCUUCUUUGAGGUGGUUUCCCCGCUCGCGCGCCCUCCUCGUCACCUCCUCCGACACGUGGUUCUCGGCCCUCCGUCGAAUGGGUCUUGAGGCGCAGUGCACGAAAUUGGCCACUUUGACUCAGUUCAAACAUUUGAAAACCGAUCCCGGAAGCAUUUUGAUAUGCGCCACACCGCAGGUAUCGACAAUAUUCAUAGGUGUCGUACACUGAAAACGAAGCAUGGAUCCGCCUUCAAAAAAUUCAAAUUUAUUGCAGUGUGCCGUAAAAGUGGUCGAAUCGAUGGAGGCGGAAUCGUUUUUAGAGGAUAUCCGACUCGUUUUGAUGGAUUUGAAACCGGCCGAGUGCUGUGCAAAAUACAAACCCAUUCUGAAUGCGUUGACCGUCAAGGAUGUACGUUUUUCAGAUAUGUACACAUUUUUCUGAACGUAAUGAUGUUUUCUGCGAAAAAUUCUAAAAGUCUCUCGGCAAACCUCUGUAAAACCUCCGUAAUGCCGCGUCCAAUGUCUCGGAAAAACCGUAAAAACCGCAGAUUUUUCUGUCCAAAGUCGGCCGAAAUUUGCGUGAAAAACGGGGGUGUGCACAGCUCAAUGAGUGUAACCGUACCCCUAAAACUACGGUAUUUUUUGAAAAUUUGUUAAUUUAUUGAGGUUAUUUGAAAAUAUUCAAAUUUCUUGCGCAAAUUUUCAAAAAAUACCGUAGUUUUAGGGGUACGGUUACACUCAUUGAGCUGUGCGCACCCCCGUUUUUCACGCAAAUUUCGGCCGACUUUGGACAGAAAAACCUGCGGUUUUUACGGUUUUUCCGAGACAUUGGACGCGGCAUAAAGCAGGGCUGGGCAAAUUUCGGCCAACGCUUUUCGAAGAAUUUUUGAGCCCUGGACUUUUGUUCCUUCAAAAAGCCCAUAUUUUGUCAAUAUGAACCUCCUCUUAUCGAGCGCGAAGGGUAUUUCAAAAUUUUAAUAAAAAGUUGAAACAUCUGUGAAACUGUAAUAUUUGCGUUAAAAUUGCAGACAUUUUUCCGAUCGAUCGUUUUGACGACGUCCAUUUCGAACACGUCUCGCCGGACGGCUUCGAUCACAAAAAGGCAGCUGAUGAUCACGAAUUUGCAGUUGUCCGAUUGGAUCGAACAGUCGGACACCGACUUUGCCUUCAGGUUUUUUGUUUAAUUUUUUGGAAUUUUUUGGAGGCAUGAGAAGCGACAACAGGGGCGGAUGAGCGCUGUAAAUCCGCAAAUGAACAGUGUUAAACGCUUGUGCCGCCCACACGCUCCUGUGCGAUUCCGACACUUCAGAUGCGUGCCGUCGGAGCAAUACUGAUUCAUUUCACUUGAUUUUCUGGAAAUGAGUUAAUUUUAAUGACAACUAGCAAAGAGACACAAAAAGCACGCACGAGCAGCCCUAUUUCAAAAAAUUCUAUGUUCGUGCUGAAACUGAACUUUAGAAAUUUUUGCGAGUUUCUUGUUGCUUCUUGGAAGUUUUGAGCAUGCGGAACACAUUCCCGAAGAAAACGGGUUAAACGAAUCAGUUUGGGCACGCAUCUCAAGUGUCAGAACAGCUGAGGAGCGCGCGGGCGGCACUAGCAGCCGACGGUCCACUGGUCGCCGUGCGUUUUAACACUGUUCAUCUGAAACUGCGAACUCAAUCUCAUCCGGGCCUGAGCGACACAGUCUCGCUUCUCUUCAAACGUUUCUUUUUUCAGAAGCGCCAAUAUUCCGGCAGGAGUUGAGGUGAAAUUGUGGAAAUCUGAAAGUGUGCAAUCAGAAAAACUCGCCGAAAUUGUUGCGAAAUUUGAGGAUUUUUGCCGAAAACCGAUGGAAAGACUGGUUGAAGAGCGAAUAAUUACAAUAAAAAGCCUGAAAAAAUCGAUUUGGACGUGCUGGAAAUCUCUGAAAUCGGUCUAGACAUUUCUAUUGCUGAAUAACCAAUUAUGACAUUUUUAGGCCACAAAUUCAUUCGAAAAGCGGCAAAAAUUGGAAAUUGCCGAACUGCUGACGACAUGCUACAAAAUACUAACCAUCGAUGGAAUUGUGGCCGCCAGAAAUUAUACUAAAAGUAUUCUUUCACUCAAAAACCAUUUUUGGGCCUAAAAUAAUUUUGCUUACAGACUUCACCGAACAGGCGCAUCUUCGAGAAACGGCCGAACAAAUUCUGGAAAUUUUUGGCGGAUUUUCAGAAUUUCCACCCAAAUUUCAGCUGAUAACCGAUGCGAUUGAGGCGUUUUUGAAAAUGGGUGCGGUACGAGGAUACGAAAUAACGCCAGGGCUCUGGGUUUAAUUUAUAGCGUUUCUUGCAGAGUUUUAGCUCAAAUAUAAGCAUUUUGAGUGAAUCUGUGUGACUAACUGCGUUUUGUACUGGAAAAUAUGAUUUCCACAGCUUGUUUUCACGAAAAUGUCUGUAAAAAUGGAAAAAAUCGAUAUUUCCAGACAACCACUUGCGCGGAGCGAUUCUGUGUCGAGAUUCGGACCAAGCGCUCGAAAUUCAGAAUUAUCUGGAAUUGCAGCUUCCAAAAUCUGUGAUUAUUGUGCGAAUUGUCGAGGAAAACGGUCAGACCGCCCGGAAUCUAUGGCAAAUUUCGAGAAUUUCGACGGUUUUCGUGGAUGUUUGAAUUUCUCGUAUAAAUUCGCCUAAGUUGUGAAUUUUUAGAGGAAGUCGCCGAAAAUUGUGAUAAUUCCUGUGAAAAUCCGCGAUUUUAUCGGUUUUUCCGAUCAAUUUCCCACUUCGGAACUCACUUUUGUCGCGUCCGUUUCUCGCGAGUCGCUGUUCAAUUUUAGAAAAUUCGCUGGAGCGCAUUUGCUCAUUUUGAACGAUCCGAUAGAGAAAUUGGUGCGUUGCGUUUCUGAGCCAAAUUUUACGAACACUUGAACUUUAGAGGUCAGAGGACGGUCGAUUAAUUGUGGACGACGGAAAGUUUGCGCAAAAAGAUGGGAAACAUUUGAAAUUGGGCGCUGUGGAGAGGUGGGGCAUUUAGUUUUACAUUAAUUUAUGAUUUUUUCGAAGGUACGACUUCAAAUUCGAGUCCUCGCGGCUUCGAUUCGACCCCGCCGAGCUUCCCGUUCAAUUUUUCUAUCCGAGAAGUUUGACGGAAAAUGAGAGCAUAAGCAAAAUUGGAAAGUACGGUUUGUAAUUGAAUUUCCUUCAGAGAAGCUACAAAGCUACAACAUUUUUUGUAAUCUAGUUCUUCCUGGAUAUUAUACCGUUUUGCAGAAAUGAAAUAACUGUUGCUUUGAGAAGUUUAAUUUAUAAUACUUCAUCUUGCAGGGCCCGCAUCGAAAUGACGUCGAAAGAGCACGCGGAGCUGCACCGACGCAUCAAAAACCCGGACAUUUCACGAUUUCAACGAAAAAAGAAAUCGUUCUGGGUUUUGGUACGGUUGUUUGUAAAGAUAAUUGAAGACAAACGUUUUUCAGCAAGAUAUGGCGGAUCCGAACGGAAAAGGACCGCUGGAGGUGGAGGCGAUGGACGAGGACCAGGUGAUGUGGAAUCAGGACGUGCAGUACCUCGGAGACGUUAGUUUUUUUUGACACAUUCAAGGAAAAUUGGCAAAGAAAAGCAAUUCAUCAGGCGAAAGUUGUCUUUUUAAUUCUGUUUCAGAGUAUGAUUAAUUUUCGUUAUUUUAAUUUUGGGUCAAUGGAAUAAGCUUCGUAAAAACAUUUGCAGAUUCCGCCGAGCUCACUGACGAAACAAGUGACGAAAUAUCUGAAAAGCGGACCGUUUGAAUGGAGAAUCGGAUCGGAUAAGCGACGAUAUCAAUAUGUGAACGAAAUGUGCGGGGUUUUUCCAAUUUUUAAUCAUUCUCUGAACAAACCGUCUUUUCCCCCCCUAAUCUUUAUGCUAUUUCUCCGAUUUCGCUGCCGAUCCCCUCUUUCACUGGGGUCCGUUAAUUAUACGUUUCAUUCUCGAAACUCCGCCCCCUUUUCCCCUUAAUUAUAGAGGCUUCGUAGCGGAUUUUCUAUUCCCAAAAUCACAUUUUUACACUAUUUUUAGCCGAUGCUACAAAUAUGGCACUUUUUGCCCGAAAAGCCCGAAAAAAGAGCUCUCAAAUUCCCGCCCAUACACAUUCAUUUUUGCAGAACCAGCGAACAACGUCUCCUCCAUUUGGACCGACUUCUCCAAAACAUCGACUCGAAUUUCGUCUCCUAA